AUGCAGGCCGUUCCCAGAUCUGCCGCUCGCUCGGCCCUCCGCCAGGUCUCGAGCCGCUCAUACAGCUCCUCGUCGUCCCCCUACUCCCAGACGGUCGACAACCUGCGCAUCAACAGCGACACCAAGGUCCUCUUCCAGGGCUUCACCGGCAAGCAGGGAACUUUCCACGCCCGCCAGGCCAUUGAAUAUGGCACCAAGGUUGUUGGUGGCACCAACCCCAAGAAGGCUGGCCAGACCCAUCUCGACCUCCCCGUCUUCAAGAACGUCUCCGACGGCGUAAAGCAGACCGGCGCCACUGCCACCGCCCUCUUCGUCCCCCCCCCUCUGGCUGCUGCCGGUAUCGAGGAGGCUCUCCUGGCUGAGAUUCCCCUGGCCGUCUGCAUCACCGAAGGCAUUCCUCAACAUGACAUGGUCCGCAUCACCGACAUGCUCAAGACGCAGAACAAGACGCGUCUUGUCGGCCCCAACUGCCCCGGUAUCAUCGCCCCCGGCCAGUGCAAGAUUGGCAUCAUGCCCGGCUUCAUCCACAAGCGCGGUCGCAUCGGCAUCGUGUCGCGCUCCGGCACGCUCACCUACGAGGCCGUCAACCAGACGACGCAGGCCGGCCUGGGCCAGUCGCUCGUCGUCGGCAUCGGCGGCGACCCCUUCUCGGGCACCAACUUCAUCGACUGCCUCAGCGUCUUCCUCAAGGACGAGAACACGGACGGCAUCAUCAUGAUUGGCGAGAUUGGCGGCGCCGCCGAGGAGGACGCCGCCGAGUUCCUCAAGCAGAACAACACGGUCAACGGCGGCAAGCCCGUCGUCUCCUUCAUCGCCGGCAUCUCCGCCCCGCCCGGCCGCCGCAUGGGUCACGCCGGUGCCAUUGUCUCUGGCGGCAAGGGCGGCGCCGACUCCAAGAUUGCCGCCCUCGAGGGUGCCGGCGUCAUUGUCGAGCGCUCCCCCGCCGGUCUCGGCAAGGCUCUCUACGACGAGUUUGUCCGCCGCGAUCUCCUGUAA